AUGUCCAAGCCGGCAAAGGGAAAUCCAAGCACCGAAGCUCCUACGCUUCCUCCUCUUUCCGUAGGGAACAAGAGCCCUCCUGUGCCGCCUACGUCUUCUCAUGUAGAUCCUACCAAGCCUCCGGCCCCGGCGCCCAGUGGCCCUCCCAAGGACUCUUCGCCGCCCAAGCCUCACAGGUCUCCAGAAGAUCAGCAUCACCACCAGACACCUCGUCAUAGGUUCCUUACACCUCACGAAUGGGGCGUCGUUGCUCACGGAAUAGGCGGCAUUCGUGAUCGGGAGCAGCACGUGCCAAUUCAUCCAACCAGCUGGGUCUGGCCACCCAGGGGCAUGCCUCGGGGUUUGUACAAGGACACUGUGACUCAGCGCACCAAGUUCUUCUAUCUACACCACGCGUCUAGUGGCAUCAGAUGGAUCUUGAUGCUGCUGCAGCUCUUCAUUGGGGCGACGCUCACGGCUCUUGGCUCCAUGUCUUUCUCGCAAGGUACUCCCAUCACGAUUCUGGGAGCUGCAAACACUGUCAUCGCUGGCCUCCUUGCGUUUUUGCAGAACAGCGGAUUGCCUGAUCGAUAUCGGUACGACAAAUGCGAGUUUGAAGCACUGGAAGACCACAUCAAGGAAAUCCUCGAUUCUGGCAUUGCUCCAGCGGACCAAACUGCUGACCGGAUUCUCGCGGAGUGCUUCGAUUUGUACCAAGACGCCAAGGCAACGGUGUCUGCCAAUUUGCCGGCCAACUACAUGCCUCGAAAUGCCCAGCAAGCAGGCCAAAGAUCCGGAGUUCCGGUCCAGGCGAGCCUGAAUCCCGCCAUGUCGAAGCAACUCGCUCCGCCAUUUCCUGGAAGAGACGAUGUUGACACUUCACCCGGUGAAAAAUAA